AUGGUAGUAGAUGUGCCCGUUUCAAUCUUAUUAGAGAAAUUACAGAAACUGCUUGAUGAGGAAAGACUUGCCUUUCCAGGACUAAGAAAUCGUGUGACUAAUGCUAUUAACGAAUUCAGCAAAAUUUUGAUCUUCCUCGAAGCAGAUACCAGUAACAAUGACUUCAAGUCUAAGCUUCUGCACACUAUUUACUCUGCAAAAGAUACCACUGAAAGUUUCGUCCUCCCCACGGCACAAAGGAGACAAAAGGGUAUCUAUAGAAUUCUUAGAACGCCAUUAAAGCUGUUUCCGUUUCCAUCAUGGCGCCUACUACAGUUCAGCUGCGAAAUGAAGAAAUUCGUAAAUAGAUUGAAAGAUGUCUCAGAUGAAAUUUCAAAGAUGACCCUUCAACCAAUUGCUCAAGUUUCAGCAGUUGGAGGAGGGCACAACCAACUAUACGAUCAAGAGCAGAAUUUUGUACUUGUUGGGCGUGAAGAUGAUGAAAAGGAACUGGUAGCUCGAUUGUUUGACGAGAAUGAGAACAGUCUCCGUGUGAUUUCACUGGUUAGCGAAGAACCACUUGGCAAGACAGCUCUGGUGAGGAAUGUUUACAAUAGACUAGAUAUUCGUCAGCAUUUUCAGUGUCGUGCGUGGCUUCAUGUUCACAAGGAUUUCACAUAUAAGGAUAUGUUGCUUAUCAUACUCAAACAGAUUCCAAUAUGCGUGUUGAAGGAUGUAGAGCUUAUGAGUGAGAAAGAACUGUGUGCUAUGCUUUUUAAGAUUCUAAUGGAGGUCAGGUUUCUUAUUGUCUUGGAUGAUGUUUGCACAAUUGAUGUCUGGCUCAUGCUUGCUUAUCCCUUUGCAGACGCUGCGAAUGGAAGUAGAGUCAUCCUUACUACUCAUAGUUCAAACAUACAAUUGCACGCUGAUCCAUGGAGUUUCCCGCUGAAUCUGAUGCCAUUAACCGAUGACGGUAGUUGGUCAUUGUUCUUGAAGAAAGUAGGCAGAUCGGAAAAUAGCUCAGAUAACACAGACAUAAACAGCUUCAGGGAAAGAAUUUUGAGAGUCUGUCAUGGUCUGCCUUCAGCAAUUGUUCUAUUGGGAGGAGUGCUGUCAAGGAUGGAAUCAAGUGAGUGGUCUGAAGUAAUUAAUUUGGCACACUUUGAUGCAGGUCAAUCGCCUCUGUUAAAGUUUGUAGCUUUGAGCUAUCAAAAACUACCAUCUGUGUUAAAACCUUGUUUCCUUUAUUUGGUUUUGUUUCCUAAAGGGUAUGAGAUCCCCACAAGGAGGUUGUUCCGACUGUGGCUUGCAGAGGGAUUUGUUCAAGUUUCACCCAAUGACAGUGAUGUCCACAAAGAAGAUAUGCCCAAGAAAUAUUUGGAAGAACUAGUGUGUAGAAACAUGAUUGAAAUAGCAAGACAGAAGUCAGAUGGAACCCCCAAAACAUGUCGUAUACCAUGUUAUCUCUACGAUGUGUUUUUGCCAAAAGCAGGGCCGGCCCAAACAUUUUGGAGGCCUUAG